AUGCCUAGUAUUUCUGGUUUUUUGGCUCUGUUUGAGGGUCAAAAAGUGCCGACGUUUGGCCAGCGAACGAAAGUUCUGCGGAUAGAAUGGGAAAAUUGGGUCGGCUUCAUUCGGGGCUCGCGUGGUGUCGCUUCAGCAACAAUGAUUGAACGAAACAUCGCUUUACACUGUCUCCAGCAAUCAGAUUUCACCAGCCCCACAAUCGAGGUGCACAGCCCUUACUCGCUCACAGUCAUUUAUGUGUAUGCACGAAUGUACGAGCGCUGCUGUGUCUGUCCGGUGCCGAAACUAAUCCUUAAGAGUGGAUGA